GGGAGAAAAUCAGAAAACAUAUUGUUUAUUGACAAGUUUCAUCAUCACCGGUCUAAAAGAAAUGCAGAUUCAAAUGCACCAAGUUGCAAAGUGAAUAACUGCACAUAUGUUAAGGUAAGAUUUGUUAACAUGUCAUACAGUGUAUUCAUCCAUAAUUCAAUUUUUUGAAAUGAGUCAAGUAUCAGUUAAUGAAAAAUGCAGAGAUAUUGACUUAUCUUCAAGUCACUCUUACUGUCAGUGAUAUUAGCCUAACAAAAUUACUGUCUGUAUGUACUGCCUCCUAUAUUCUUAUAAGUGUUUUUUGUAUUUUCAAACCCUCACUAAUUUUAUUCAUUAUGUAGAGACCUUACAAAUGUAUGUAUUAAACCUGGCUAACAUAGGUAAUUUAAAACCUGGUGGAAUUUCAGCCUUUAAAUACAAACACAGGGACAAUGUAUGUGCUGCCUAACAGAGCUAUGAUUUUGGGACUCCUCAAUACAGUAUGUUGAAGACAGAGUAUUAUGCACAUCUCACCAUAUCAGCAAUGACUGGUAAUAUCUAUGUAGAACUACCAUUAUAUAUAAAGAUAUAUAUAGAAUGCAGAUACUCAUCAAAUCUGGACUUUCUCCAUUUAAUUUUAGGUUAAUCAUAAGUAUUAUGUGUCGCAUACAUAUAUCAGUGGCCAAAGAUUUUGGCGGAAUAUAGAGGAAAAUCCUAAAAGCAAAGUCCACCCUGUUCUUUCACAGAGCUUCUUAAAAAAGUCGGUAAGUAUUUGAAAUGACAUUAAUUUUGACAUAAAUUUAUAAGAUGAGAACAAAAGCAGCAUGAAGAUGCAGUUACAUGCAGUAGAUGGCUUGCUGACAACCCAAUUCCUUCAUCUGGAACCCAUUCCUCAUUCAAUACCAGAAUAAGCCUUCUUUCUUCCUUGAUUACAAAAUGUACAUGCACUAGUUGAAUGUGAAAUUGUUCUUUUCACAGACACUUAAGCUCAGCUUUAUCUUUCCAUACUAUGGUCACUACCUUGAUAGUGUGGUGCUGACAACUGGAGGUGAAUUGAUUCAAAUUAUACAUGAAUAAUUGUUUUACUGUUUUAUUAUCAUUUUGCCAAAAAAACACAAAAUAUACAUAUUAAAUUUAAAAAAAAAAGAUGAGGCAAGGGAGCCCAAGGAAGCCAAUAAGGCUUGUGUAUAAGACCACCUUUUAAAAUUGUCAUCUAAUUAAUAAUUACAAUACUGACAUCGGCAAUUUAGCUCUAAGUACACACAAUUUGUUUGGAACAUAGAAAAUAAUCAUUAAAUAGGAUAAAAAUAGAAAAGGCUGAAUGACUGUAAGUGCAAAAAUGAGAAAAGAAAUACUGUAAGAAAACAUGAGAAAAAAAGCGAAAGAAGCGAAAAACUACACACAAACAUUAGGAGAACAAAAGUAUGCUUACACCAAGAAAAAAUGACUUAAGUUUAGAAUUAAACAAAGCAGUACUAGAGGCAUUCUGAAUUUCAGGACUAAGGGAAUUAAAUAUUUUGGGCCCUUGAAAACAAAGUGAACAUUUCCUUACAUUUGUCCUGCAGUCGGGUAAACGAUUAGAUUAGUUUAGAUUAGAUUAGAUCAGGGCAAACGAUGAGAUUAAUGAUUGAAGUUCUUGCAUGUAAAUUACACUUGACACUUGACUGUGAAUGUUCUUACUUGAAGGUUUCCUGUACAUGGAUUUCUAUAACACAUCUCUUCUGACAGACGUACAAUACUUAGCUCCUCUCAUGGCUUACUUCAGUCCAGAUCAUCAUCCAGAUUCUAAAGUCAUCACCCUUGACGAUGGUAUCAAAUAUAUAUGUUGUGAUAAAUGUAUACUGGUACUUACUUUAGCUUUAAUCUUGUACCUGAUUGAGUAGAUUACAGAUGUACAUACUUUGGUACUUCUAUACUUCUAUCUCAAGCACGUUUAUUGAGUGCUAGUAAAAAGCAUCAGCUACUUUGCUCAGAGAAGUUGAGUUCUUUUUAAUAAAUAGAAGGUAACUGAGAAAUUCUUUCAAACAUUACUUAUAAGUUGCAGUCGGUUGCCACGAUUACUCUAUACAAACCAGCUGCUUGGUGGAGAAUAAUUAUUAUUGAUAGAAUGUACCUGAGGUUGGAAAAAUGAUGUCUCUAACUGUAAUUGGAUCCCCAAUGUUAAUAAUUUCAGCAUAAACAAGCUUAAGUUAGCUAUAUAAGUUAUAUUUUUUUAAACAUCUCUAUGUACUUUUAUUUGCUCAAAAUUCCCAACAAAAUUCCUUCUUUUGUUGUUUUAGGUUUACAGCUGACAGUACAGUGGUCAAAAGUUUAUCUUCGUAACAGAACUCAUGGUAGUAUUAAGCAUGUAAUGAUCACUCUUGAUGUAAAGAUCUUAGGGUUUAAAACAACAAUUAAGAAGUGAUUGCAUAAUGCUAUUCUUUGGUCAAGGUUCAGUGGCAUAGCCAAGGGAGGGACACUUCCAGGGGUUCCAGACCCCCCCUUGGGCUACAGCAUGGGCUAUAAUUUCAAGAGGAACGAGAUUUUAGCUGUUAAAAAAAAUGAGAAAAAAAUCAAUUAAAAAAAGCAUCAAAUUCUAUUUCGAGGGUUGCAUAUGAAUACUAUCAGGAUGAUCAUACAUUGUACGAGGCCCCAGUGUGUAUACAAGCCUUCAAAGUGGGAUUCAGCACCUUGUUGGUCUCGAUCGUUUUCAGUUGCAUGUUGUAAUGUUUUGACUAUGAGAGGGUUUAAUAAAAACUCGUGUAGAGGCAUAGAGUGAGAAGGUAGAAUGAAAUCAGCAUUGAUGUUUGCAAAUCAAUGUGAGGAAAUUGUCUGAAACUGGCACACUUAACACUAACAGCACGCCGAACUGCCUAAAACAUACAGUAUUCAAUUAUGGGUUCAUCGCAAGAUGCAGUGCCUUUUCCUUACAUAAAAGCUACUCAGUAUCAGGCUCUGAAAGCGAGACAUAAAUGUCUGUUAGACUACCAUCACCCCUAAUUUUCAUGUGGCGGGUUUUCCGUUGGCAGCACAAGUGGCUCAACGCGGGAAAAAUCAUUUCUAAUAGUGCAGUUGAAAGCUUGGCCAUGAAUUCUUUUCAAGCUCCAUAUUUCAAGUACGUUACAAAUUAGAUCAGCAGAAACUGAGCGAUGGCUCUGCACAUUGGCAGACUUAAAAAGUAGUCGGCAGCAACCAUGACUAAAGAGCAAGAGUCUGCUGCUCUUGCUCUGAUGAACAUUGGAUAAUGCAAAUUGGCCUAAGUCCACCAAUCGACACCUUUGUACGGAUCGAAGCAUCCAUGAUGUCUCGUUCUUGCCAAUAUCCUUUCUGAGUAAAUGGCAAAUCACAAGACUAAAGUGUGUGUUUUAAUGUAUUCAACCAUUAUCAACAUACAUGUUGUAGUUUAUUUUUUAUUUCAGGUAAUUUUUAUUUUUCUUUUCCUUUAACUUCAUUAGCAUACAUUAGUAUUUACCAUACCCAAAAACAGAAGAAAAACAAAAAUUACUUGAGAUAAAAAAAUUAUCAACAACGUAUGCAGCGUAAGUCCAUCACAGUAUCUCUUCAUUGAAAGCGAAGCACUGUUAUUGGAAAUUUGGGCUCAGAAUCACAAUAUGGAAAAUAAAAUUUUCCAUGGGAGAAGGCCUUAUACCAGGAGCCCAUGACCCAUAGGCUCCUGCUUAUGCCCCAUGCCCUCCAAAGCUUGAUUUUCAAUCUAGAAAAAAUAUCACAGUAGAAACCCUUCUAUGCAAAAAUGCUGGCUACGCCCCUGAGGUUGACAAUGUUAGUUUUGCAAUGACAUCAGAAAAAUCAACCAAAAAAGUGUGAUGCAUAUCCAGAUUUUUUGUUCUGUUUAUUAAAUCUGUUUAAUGUUUUUUUGUAUUUACUAACUCUUGUCAUCAUUGUUGUGGGUUCUCUGGCUCCUAUCAGUGUUGCCAUGUAAAACAAUUCUUGAUAUGCAAGUAAAAAUUUUAUUGAAAAAUUAACUGACAAAUGAAAAACACCUGAAGAAAGUGAUGUCUGCAGCCUGUACCCAUAUAGGGACUCACUCACUCUAGUCCGUGUCAUGUUGGGGGGGAGGGAGGGAGUGUAAAAAUUGGCAAGUAGUUAUCUACAUUAUACACUUCCACUGGAGAAUAAGACUGAAGAAACGUCUGUGAAAGUGAAUAUUUUACUUCACCCUCAAGGUUUUACAGAUACACCAAUGCAACAAGAAAAUAAUUAACACAAAUCCAUGCAAUCAAGCUUUUUAUUUAUAUCUCAGCAGUGUCUCAACAAUAUAUAGCUUGGUCCAUAAAGGAAAUAAAUUUUACUAGAGAAGCACAAACUUCCUGUAGAUAAUUAUAUUUAUCGUUUCUUUCUUCUUUUUCUACUCUUUAAAGAUGGACACUUCACAUUUCAGUGCACUUUACAUAAGAAUGGUACAAUAUGGUUCGCAUACAAAGAGGUAAAUUAUGACUCAUCCUCCAUAGCAGUUGUCUUAGUAAAUUAGGGAAAAUUACUGUUUCCUUGCAUCAUUCUGAAGUUUAUGGAUGUCCAGAUUAAACCUGAGUUUUGUUUUUAGCGAUUAUAGAAAGGGAAAAAUAGAAGAGUAAACCUUAUAAAUAGCUGAAUGCCUAGCUCUUAUAGACAUUAGGACUUUAACUGAACCCCAGUGAGGUGAAAACAUGAAUUAAGCACCCAACUUAAAAGAUUAUUCUUAAUCUGCUAAUAAUUAGAUGAAAUUCAAUUUAUUUCCAAAAUUUCUCACAUCGUUUGAAAUAUGGAAGCUCAUUGACCUGUGGGAGUGUGUUAAUGACUCAUAAUGCACGAAUUUCAUGCAUACUUACAUGUAACAUAAGACUAUAAUUUUAUCUUUUCAUUUACAUAUGGACCUUUCUACUAUAAAAGCCUAUUUGAAGUUUCUCAGAUUUUUAAUGCCGUUAUUUGGCCAUAAGGCAUAUGCAUUCGUUUGACAUUCGCUGUAGCUGUUGUUGCUUAAUUGUCACUCUCUAGAAACAAUACGAGCCAAUUCUGCUUAACUGUUAAAGUUAACUACAGUCAACUCCCGGUAACUCAAACCCUCUAUAACUUGAACCUCCCACUAACUCGAAACAAUUUUCAUUUCCGUUCAGAUAGUUUUCUGUGUAAUUUUACCCUCAAUACCUAUUUCCCUUGAAGGUUCCAAUUAGCGGGAGCUGGCUGUAUGUUUUAUGACUGUAAUGACUGUUUGACGUUAUUGUGGGUCCAUAAUUGUCAUGGUACAUUUACUUAUCGCACAUAUUAAGUAUUUCUAUUCAUAAUAUCACGGUGGUUAGCUCGAAAGCUAGGCUCCUCUGACCACCAUACACUUCUAUUAAAGCCAUCAAUUUUUUCUUCUUUUUUUCCCUCUUAUUUGUUACUUUAUUCCUAGUCGUUACUAUUAUACAGUGUAAAUGUUGUAGAUAAGUAACUAAACCGAAGUGAAUUAAAAACCAUUGCAGUUUGACUAUUAUUAAAUCAGCAAAUAAACACACCUAUAUAACUGGAAACAGAUUGUGAAAGUCAAAUAGUCACGUCAACAAAUAAUUGAGGAGUGAUGAAAAUUGAGCAGUGUUUUGUUAUAGCUAAUGUAUCGGGCAAAUCGAAGCCUCAACAUCCCCCAGGUAGGGGGGGAAUUUGAACAAUAAUUUUCAAAAAAGUCAAAUGCCCGGGGGUUUGCCCGGGGGUUUGCCCGGGGGGGGAUGUUGAAGCUUCGAUUUGACCGAUACAUAACCCUAAUGACUAUGUUACAGGUCCCAGUUAAUGUGUCAAGCAUUCCUGAUGUACGAUACCACCCUGUGAGAGUAGGCAUAUCUGAUGCAUUUGUAAGAUAUUACCGACAUUUAGGGAGGCCUGGAAUCAUCUACCGAGUCUUUCAUAUAUACAGUCAAGUGAAUAUUACCAAGAACAGUGUUGUCAAUGGAUCAGCAGUGGUGUUCCACCCUCAAACAAGUUUGUUCUUUUUAAAAGUUCUAUUACUGUAAUCUAAUAAUUUUUAGCUGUUAAUAACCGAGCGUGAGGUCUUUUUGGGAGAAUCUUGACGGAGGUUACCAGUACAGACCGAACACAGUGAGGUCUGUACCAGCGACCGAGGUGAAGAUUCUCCCAUACAGACCGACCUAGCUCGUUAAGAAGAUGUUUAUUAUAUGGCCAAACAAGAAACCAAAGGAACAAAAACAUGAAUAAUUUUAUUUGCUUCCCUGCGCGGGCUCAAGCAUUUAGCUGGCUUUCUUCUGUCACUGGUCUCCAGUCCAAACGGAACAAAAAUAACUGUUUCAAGUCCAGCUUUGUACAAACUUUGUACAAACAAGCCAAUCUUUUCAUAUUCUUUGUUUGUAACUUUUUGAGGAGAACUGUUACAACAAGAUCGGUUUAGAUGCCGGUCUGGAUGGGAAAAACUAAACCGCGGUCAAGAUCGAAUUCUUGAGUUUAUUUGUUUCCAGUCCUUUUGAGAAAUGCCCAUAUAAUAAUAAGUGAUACAGUGCAGUCCUAAUUUGUUUAUGCAAGAAGUAAAAUAUAAUUUGCAAGCCAUUUCCUGACCAAUAUACUGAUUAUAUCUAAAGCUUUCCUGGCAAGCCAGUCUUGUGAGCUUUAAUUUUGAUAAAAAAUUUGGUUUUCAGACUGUGUGAGUAACCUGCAGCUUAACCUUGGGUUCCAUGCUGUGUGGGUAAACUGUGACUGACGUAAUUGUUUUCAUUAUACUGUACUUUCCUUUCAGGCUGUGUUAAUGCCACCUCAUGUACAGAGUGUAUGAAGCGGAAGCAAACAACAGAAUUUGACUGUCAGUGGUGCCCGCAGACUAAAAGGUAGAAAUUGUCUUUGGAAAGCUAAAAUUGUUAAGUCAGAGCCGACUAAAAAGAUGUUUCACCUGAAGAGAAUACAGUCCCAGAGAUUGACCGUGCAGACCAUUUUUGUUUUAUCGUGCAUGGAUGUGUCACUUCUCAAACCUAUAGAAGAGUAAAGAAAUGGAUAGCAAGUAUUCACUAGCAGCAGCAGUCAUCUGCUGCAAGAGCAUGACUGUCACGUAAACUUGGGUCAUGGCCAUGUAUCCCUUGGAAAACUGCUUUUUGGCGGGAAACUGGCCCGGUUCAGAGGCUGUACUUCACAUCAGCCGAAUCGAUUCAGACCCUGAUUUUUAUUUUCAACGAACAACCGGGAAAAACGUGCAUUUUGGUAAACUACAUUACAAGAAUUUAUGUUUGGCUCAUGUGAAUUUCGGCGAAUGAAUCAACGCCGGUCCACAGCUCUUUUAGAUGAAUCCGAUUUGGCUCACAUGAUUUUCUUUUAAUAUAACAAACAUGAUCUAAGACUGCUAAACAGUCUGUCAGUCAAACUAAUUUCUAUUGGUGGUUUAAGAUAACAUUGUUAAUUACAAUGGUCACUGUUAAGCUUAACCCUUUAAUAGUUCAGUGUAGAUGGUCACGUUCUUACAAUAAUCUUGCAAUAUUUUAAAGGUGCUCUGAUAAAACAGAUCGUAAUCGUGCAGAAUGGGACCUCAAUGGGUGCAGUCAAAAUGCCGUCAAUCAGGUAUUACUUACUACUUAA